GACGUUUGAAAUCAUGGCUGCCCCCAUGGCGAGAGUUUCUCUGUAAUAAAUGCAGUGCACAUACUUUACAUGCAGUUAAAAUUUAAAAGAAUUAAAAUUUACAGAUUCACGUUUGUGUCACUGAUGUAAAUUUUUGUUUUACUGCCGAUGAAACAGUAAUUGUAAAUUCCUCUCAAUAUGACAUCUAUCAUCAAAUUACAACCGUUGUCUGGUGCCCAGGAUGAAGGACCACCAUGCUAUCUACUACAGGUCGAUGAGUUUAGAUUUCUACUUGACUGUGGGUGGGAUGAAGAUUUCAGUCUACCAGUUAUCAAAGAAAUUAAAAGGAACCUCCAUAAAGUAGAUGCGGUGUUAUUGACAUACCCAGAUCAGUUACAUCUUGGAGCGUUGCCAUAUCUGGUGGGAAAAUGUGGCUUGAGCUGUCCUGUUUACGCCACUGUCCCUGUAUACAAGAUGGGACAGAUGUUCAUGUAUGAUUUAUAUCAGUCUCGAAACAACAGCGAGGAUUUUGAAUUAUUCACUUUGGACGACGUUGAUGUGGCAUUUGACAAGAUUAUACAGCUCAAGUACUCCCAGACAAUUAGUCUUACAGGUAAAGGUCAUGGAUUACAGAUUACUCCAUUACCAGCAGGACAUAUGAUUGGUGGAACUAUCUGGAAAAUUCUGAAAGAAGGAGAGGAGGAGAUUGUAUAUGCAGUUGAUUAUAACCAUAAAAAAGAAAGACAUUUGAAUGGGUGUAUUUUGGAAGGAAAGUACUUUUCCCGACCCCAUCUGAUGAUAACAGAUGCAUUUAAUGCAAACUACAACCAGUCUAGGCGGCGAGUCAGAGAUGAGCAGCUUAUGACCACAAUAUUGCUGACAAUGAGACGCGAUGGUAAUGUGAUGAUUGCAGUGGAUACAGCAGGCAGAAUGUUGGAACUGGCUCAACUUCUGGAUCAGAUGUGGCGAAGUACGGAGUCUGGCUUGACAACCUAUUCUCUGGCGUUGUUGAACAAUGUUAGCUUUAAUGUUGUGGAGUUUGCAAAGUCUCAGGUUGAAUGGAUGAGUGACAAGAUAAUGCGAGCGUUUGAGGACCACAGAAGUAACCCCUACCACUUCAAACACAUGAAACUGUGCCAUAACCUCUCCGAACUGGGCAAGAUUCCUGAGCCUAAGGUUGUGUUAUGCAGUGAGCCAGACUUGCAGAGUGGUUUCUCUAGAGAUUUGUUUGUGGCGUGGUGUGGCAACCCGAAAAACAGUAUCAUCCUAACAAAUAGAACAUCACCCAAGACACUGGCACGAUGGCUCAUAGACAACACAGACAAGGAGACAGUUACCAUGGAGGUACGUCGGAGGAUACGUCUAGAGGGAGUGGAGUUAGAGGAGUAUCUAAAGAAGAAACAGGAAAAAGACCAACAAGAGAAAAACAAGAAGGCUGUCGAUAGAAAGGCCUACUAUGUCACCUUGUGUAAGUUUUUGAGUUUCACAGAGAAGUUGGUUGCUGAGUCUGACCAAUUACAAGAUGUGUCAGAAGUGCCGACAAAAUGUAUCGCUGUGACAGUAACACUAGAUAUCAAUGCUAGUAUACAGUAUAUUGACUUUGAAGGACGGACAGAUGGAGAAUCCAUGAGGAAAAUAUUAAACCAGAUCAAGCCAAGGCAGCUGAUUUUAGUUCAUGGUUCAGAGGAGGCAACCCAGUCUCUGGCCGAGUAUUGCCGCAACACCCCUGGUAUGAUACAAGGAAAUGUGUUCACACCAAAUGUCGGUGAAACUGUUGAUGCAACAACUGAGAGCCAUAUCUUCCAGGUCAAGUUGAAAGAUUAUGUUGUCACAGCGCUAGAAUUUUCCAAGGCAAAGGAUGCAGAACUUGCCUGGAUAGAUGGUUGUGUUGAUACAACUAUCUCUAAAGAUGACGUUGAUGUUGAUAUGGAUGAUGAGGAGGAUGAUAUAGAUUCAGAUAAAGUGUUAAAGCCCAAGCAAGGUAUGGAAAAUGUCCCAAGUUUAGAAGCAUUACAGUCAAAUCAGGUACCAGGACAUAUGGCUGUUUACAUCAAUGAACCCAAACUGAGUGACUUCAAAAUGGUUCUUCUCCAAGAAAACAUUCAAGCCGAGUUUAGUGCAGGUGCACUUGUCUGUAAUGAUACUAUAGCUGUAAGAAGGAAUGAGGCAGGACGCAUGCAGUUAGAAGGCGCAAUCUCAAAGGAUUACUUUAAAGUUCGAGACUUACUUUACAGUCAGUACGCUAUUGUAUGACACUACAAAGACAUCAGCUGAAUUUAAAUCGGCAUCUUCUGACAUCUUACAUAUACCAUCUGUCAUCACAGUAUCAUGUGUCAUCUCAGAAACAACACCUGUGUUCAUGUUUAUUUAUGUUUCAGCUUCAGUCAUAUCAGCUGUUACCAGUUUUGGCAGAUCCUUCACGCAAUAACAGUGUCUGCUGGUUAUUGUAAAGGCAUUUGAAUAAAUGAAAGAUAAUGUCUGUGUAUAUUACAUUGCAUUCCCACUUAUAAAUAUUUUGAAAAAAUAUCACAUCACGAUUCUAUAAAAGCAUGUCAGCAGAACAGCAUCAUCAUAAACAAUGAAACUCUCUAAACUUGUGUGAAAACAAUGAAACUCUCUAAACUUGUGUGAAAACAAUGAAACUCUCUAAACUUGUGUGACCAUUUCAUUGAUCAGACUGGAAAAAUUAGGUCGGGAUUAUAUAUAUAUAUUUAUUACUUGAAUGUAUUGUAGUAAUUAGCUAAUUCUGUAGGACUUGGAUGUAUUGUUAAACACUUUGACCUACUUUUAAAUAUGUAAUGAAAGAGAAACAUAUUACUGUGAAAUCAUUGAUAAUCUCAAACAUAUAGCAAGAAACAAGAAACCUGUUUUCCAAUGGUUUCUUUAACCACUCAAAAACUGAUGUUGUUUUUUUUUGUUCUAAACUUUUCUCAGAUGAUUACUAAGAUGAAAGUGAUCCUUUACUUGCUGUUUUGACACAUCUCCAGGCAAAAAGAAAAUCAAAAUAGAAACAUCACACAUUAAUUGAAAGUUUACUGCUGACAUUAUUCAAAUCACAUAGCCUGGACUACCAAUUAUAUAAAAUGUCAAUAAUUGAUGGCUUUUUCCACGAACUUUGUCAACAAUAUUAAAUUAUUGCUGUAUAAAUCUUGGAUAUGUUUUCAGCCUGAUAAUAAAUGGAUUGCAAAAACAUUA